AUGGGAAACAAACAUACCAAGAGUGGUCUGAUGGCCAUCUCGCGUGCAUCUGUUGAAGGACAACCUCCUGGCAUCUAUAAAGACUACAUGACCACCAACACCACCACGAAUAACAACAACAUCAAUAAUACUAAUACUUCCAUGAAAUCCAACAAUAACAACACGACAACUAACGGUCAAAAUAAUUCAUCACCAAGAAUUACACAACUAAAUGAUGAAGUCUCUCAAUCAAGUUCCAAUGUAGCAGGAAAUUCUGACUUGAUGGAAUCAAUCACAUUCUCGAAUUUACCAACGGCUGUGUUUGGAGUGGAUCUUGCAACAGCCGUUCAGAGGAGUUGUAAAUUAUUGAUCAAGACCUAUGUUCGUGAGAAGAGAACGGAACAUUUGUCGUCAAAUCAACAACAAGAUCAAAACAGCCACGACUCUACUUCUACAACGACUAACAACCAUGAUAACAAUCACUCAAGCACUCUCACUCCACCUGUUGUUGAAAUGAAUUCCCCAUCCUCCAUAAGCACGUCUACCACGUCUACCACUUCAACCACCAUCACAACAACUUCAUUCCGUCAUCCAGAGGAACCCUCACAAGAAGAAUUGGAAUUCAUUGAAACGGUGAAUCAACAUUUAGAAACACUCUAUAUACCCGAUGUGAUCAAACAAUCGCUACGUUUUCUCAACUCGUAUGACUCUCUUAUUGAAAAGGGUAUUUACCGCAUUCCUGGCGAUACGAAACGAGUGAAGGACUAUCGAGAUUGUUUUAAUCGAGGGGAGAGUGUGGAUUUUCUUGGAGAUAAUACAGAAAUUGAGAGGAAGAAACAAUUAGAUAAAGAGAAUGGGAAAAUAAUGGUCGAUGCUUGUCAUCAUGGUAUAAAACAUGAUGCACUUGAUGUGGCUGGUCUUGUAAAACUCUACCUUCGUGAAUUGCCAGGAGAAACCCUGCUCUUCACACCACAAACUGCAGCAGAAUUUACUGUAUCAUUCCUGAAAAAUAUAGUGAACGAAGAGGAUAAAGUGGCCUCUGUCAAACGUUCCAUAGGACGACUACCUAGAGCUAAUAAGGACACAUUGCAAGCGCUUGCAGAACAUUUUAGACUUGUAACAAAAUAUGAGAAAAAGAACAAAAUGUCGAUUGAUAACUUGAUCAAGUGUGUUUGCGGAACGUCACCUUUUGUAUCAUCCAUUUACAUCAUGGUUCAAUACUAUGAUGAAAUUUUCAAAUCAGAACCAAAUAAGUCACAUGAUGAAGAUCCAAACUCUUCCAAAAAUUUGGAAUGGCUCUUGAUUGCACAAGAGCGACAAAUGGCCAAUAUUGGAGGAAACAAUAAUUUAUCAAAUGAAGCUCUCGCUGGAAAAGCCAUGAAUGCACGAGAGAGCAGAAGAAAAUCCUACUACCAGAGACAACAACGAGAGGCAUCUGAAACUACUCCAACCACAGACAAUAGUGAUUUUCUUGUAAAUAGCCCAGUCACGAGUGUCGGCCUCAGUGGUGAAAUGGACUCAAUCACACAAGUGUUACUUCGAAUGAAGAAGGAAAAAUCAGAUCAUCAUUCUCAAAAUCAUGACUCUACAACAACCACCGAUGAUAGUAAUCAAACAUCAUCACAACACGAUGUAAAUUCAAAUUCAACGGAACUUUCCUCAUCCAUUGUGGAAUGUCAAUAG